CCGAAACACCUUUCCAUGCAUCCUCCUCUGGAGAUGAGGAGAUCCUCGCGUCUUAACGUGCAUCACGCAGACUUCGAUUCUCGGUCUUUCUCCCCGACAGGCGACGUACCUCCAUCACCUGAACGUUUCUCUAUGAAAAGUCGGUGAGAUGUGCAAAUCGGACUAGCUCUUUUCCCGAUCCUUCAGUUGAUCUGCCUGAUGCCCCGCGGAUUUGGCUGCCGCCCUUGCGCCCUUUCGAGAGCACUUUUGGCGCUCUAGGAUUUUGAUCUUUGAUUGAGGACAUACCUCAUCGUAAUUUAUGGCCAUGUAUGCGGCCUGUUCAACAGCACACUGAGGUCCGCUCAUGGUGGCUCUCUCGAUCUGAACAGAAGAAAUCUCGAUAUACACCAUCAACAUGACUUCGACUUCAGAAGUGCUCGACCUCACGAGACUCGAUCAGGCGGUACUUCGCGUGUAUGUUCGUCAUCUGCUCAUCUUUCCGUUUCCCGAACCUACAUUUAGAAACGGUGCGCAAGCAGCUUUGACUGCCGGCUUGCUUGCAGUACUCAGGCAAUUUCCGUUCCUCGCCGGCACAGUCGAACAAACAGAUCCUCUCACCGGAGCUAUGGCCGUAAGAUACCCAAACAGUGUCGACUCGGGGCUCGUGUCGCAGCUACUCACAGUCAACGAAUUGGAUGACGAUAACCUCCAAUACGACACAUUGUGUAAAGGCGGCGUACCACCAUCUAGGCUUCCAGCUGAUGUACUUUGCCCGUUCGCUCUAAGAUCGCAUCCUGGGAUAGACGACCCAUAUGCCGAAGUCCUCACCACUUUCGCAAAGGGAAAGCCUAUACCUGUCUUCGCUGCACAGAUCAACUUCAUCCUUGGAGGCUUAAUCUUGAGUGCCUACACACAUCAUAGCGUCGUAGAUGGUACUGGCAUUGCGAAAAUAUAUCAAACAUGGAGCGGACAUACCCGAACUUCCAGCGACGGGAUGAACAUACCAGAACAGGCCAAGACCACUGGUUUGAACAACACACGGCAUGCGCUUGAUUCUCUGAUAGUGGACGCUCCAACUAUGAAAUUACCUGAGUUCCGGUACCCCGGCGAUUCAGUCAAUCCGCCGUUGCGCGACGGUCCGUACAGGCUCAGCGCCAAACUUCUCGUCUUUCCGGCGCUGGCCAUUUCACGGUUAGCUACUUCGCUCUCGUUGAUCACUAAGGAGCGCAUCUCGACCUUCACAGCGCUAGCAGCCCUCGUAUGGUGUCAGAUCACAAACGCUCGUAGAGCAGCUAUGAACGAGAAGGGCAUCCAGAAAACGACACUCGGCAUCGCAAUCGACCAUCGUAAACGUGUUGGCUCUCUACUUUCAGACGAUUACAUUGGCAACUGCGCAAACGGAAUGGCAGUCUCCGUUGCACUUGCUUCUGUUCCCACUUCCGAGAACAUGGAUGCUGAUCACAUCGCACCCGUUGCCCUCGCCCUCUUCAACGGGCUAGGCGAGGUCGAUCUCGACUGGUUCAGAGCACGUCUGCUAGAGAUAUCGAAGCAGACGAACUAUUCAAAGCUGAUGUUGAACUUAGACACCGGUAAUGGACCAGAUAUCUUCAUCACAAGCUGGAUGCACAUCGGUGCAGACGACUUGUGGGCCAUCCCAGGCACAGCGAAGACUGAAGGUGGGAAGAGAUGGUUGUGCAAGCCCACUGCCAUCCGGAAACCACAUAAUUUAUGGGAGGGUGGCAUGCAGAUCCUACCGAGACGAAAGGGGCACGCGGCACCAUUCGAGAUCCCGCUAUGCUUGGAGGGGGGAGAGAUGGAGAGGACGUUGCAUGGGUUGCGGGAGGGAAACUGGGUAGAGAGGGUAAUCGAUGCCUAGUCUACAGUUCCGUUCUGUAUGUUUCUAUAUAUGGCUGGUGGUGCUCAAAGGGUCAAAAGCAACAACAGCAUGACAGCAGUAAUGAACAAUGCAGCCCAUAGCAUCUUGUCUUCAAGCGGCAUUCGUUGCGGAAACCCAAGCCCUCCUAUACCGUUGUUAUCUUCUCCAGCAUCUAGUAUUAGCAUACACAUGCGCUCUUCGUCUUGCUCACAUCCAGGGGCAAGUCCGCAACUCGACAUGGCGAUGUCUUGGUUGCGCACACUACGCACCGACCAGUCAGAGAGCGCAUCAAGGAUGUAGCUAAAAGUCUUGCAAAACGGGGUCGGCUGGAUCCAUGUUUUUGGAUUGGAUAUGCGUGUUAUAGAUGGGGAAGACUUAUUAUAGUGUAAGAGUACAUUGCAGGGUGUGGUGACGUAGGAUUUGGGGGUUGAGAUCGAAGUUGAUGGUCAGACAGGCGGUCGAAAACAGGC